CAGAACGGGGGAAUUCCAGGCUUCGGAGAGGAAGAAAUCCAGCGAAGUUUAGAUCUGCGGAGCAGUGAGGGCUCAGCCCGUGACCGCACGUAUCCGGCAGCAUGAGGGAUCAGGGCAGGACAGGUUCUAAUGGUCUUUCACAAACCCAUUCCCCAACACUAGAAGAAGUCAUGGAUUACAUUAAUGCUGAUUCUGGACCCACAUGGGCACGUGAACCCAGCAUCCUCAGCACAGUCACUGUUGCCCCAUGGACAUCCCCAGUGGAACCUGCCACCCAAAACUGGGCCGCAUGCCAGGGCGCUCCAGCACCAAAAUUAAUUAUUACAGAACAGCCGAAACAGCGAGGGAUGCGGUUCCGGUACAAGUGUGAGGGGAGGUCAGCGGGCAGUAUCCUGGGAGAAAGCAGCACGGAACACAGCAAGACGCUUCCGGCCAUUGCGCUAAUCAACUGCGAGGGAAUUAAUAAUGUUGAAGUCAGCGUCUGCCUCCUUUGGAAAGACCCUCCGUAUCGUAUCCACCCACACUGCCUGGUGGGUAAGGAUUGCCAUGAUGGGAUCUGUGAGAUUACGCUGCAUCCUGAUGAAGGACAAAUCCAUCAUAGCUUUAGCAAUCUGGGCAUCCAGUGUGUUCGGAAGAGGGAAAUUGAGACAUCUGUCAAGGCCAGACUAAAUUUGGGCAUAGAUCCAUACAGUGCUGGCAUGUGGCGGCACCAUGAAGAGGUGGAUCUGAAUGUGGUCAGGCUCUGCUUCCAAGCCUGGUAUACCACGGGGGACGGGCAGCGUAUACCUAUCGACCCUGUGCUGUCAGAGCCGGUGUAUGAUAAAAAAUCCACCAACACGUCGGAACUGAAGAUCUGCCGGAUGAAUAAAGAUCACGGCCGUUGUGACGGUGGAGAGGAGAUUUAUAUCCUGUGUGACAAGGUGCAGAAAGAGGACAUCCAGGUUAUGUUCUUGGACGGUAAAUGGGAAGCACGUGCCGAUUUCUCGCAGGCUGAUGUACACAGACAGAUCGCCAUCGUCCUGAAGACGCCUCCUUACCAUGAUCUGCAGAUAAGAGACCCAGCUCCUGUCCAAGUGUGUCUCCAGAGGAUCACAGACGGGAUCCGCAGCGAGGGGAUGAUCUUCACAUACAUGCCGCGUAGCAGCGAUUCCUUUGGAUUACGCAAGAGGCGGCCCUGUCUCUCUUCUCCCUUUGAAGAUCUUAAUGGCCUGGAUCCGCACGGGAUUGAAAGUAAAAGGAAGAAAGCCAUACCUGACUUCCGGGAACACUGCAACACCAUUUCAGAUUUCAGCCCUGGACCAUUUUGUGGCCUUGAUUAUUUGCCUCUCAUGCACCAAAUGGGCGCCGGUGAACCUACACACCAUGAAAUUGAAGAUACUGAUGAAAACUUUGCUGCACUGAUUUCAUGGAUACCCGGGGAAAUUGAUGAUUUACCAGAAGACAUGGCCUUUGAGAACUUUCUGCCUGUUACGGAGGCUGAAGAAACAGCCAGUGUGGUGGGUCUCAGCCUUGCCCUCACUGGCCGACAGUUGUCAGAUUGUGCCUACCCAGAAGACUCAAGAAUGGGUGGUUGCUGACCUCAUGAAUGGAUUUCAUUAUCCUGCACUUCACUUUGAGAACCCAAUGGGAUCCCAUCUGACACCGCGCUUUUGACUCCAUGGUGAGAAAAGCACCUUACAAACGUUUGUUGUUGUUGUGGACACAUCCUAAAUGGAGAGAAGAUCACUGAACGACACCACAUUGGACUUAGAAUAAUAUUUUUUUGAGUCGUAACGUAAAUGUAGAACUUAAUCGCCUAUCCGCUAACCAAGACGAGUAGGAACAGCAUUAACACCCCACUACAUUUCCUCCACUAUGUAAAAAAAAUUAGAUGGUUUGACAAGUAUAAACCACUAUAAAAGGCUAGUGGGGCAGACGUCCAUGGUAGGUGACUAUAAAUGGAGUGUGGUCAGGGAGGACGGUGGGGGUGCACUUUAUUCACAGUUACUUCACGCUAUCUAACAAUAUGGCUGCAGAGUGGUCACCACUAGGGUGGUGGAUAAAAAAAAUUUCAUAUUGGGAAGAGGGUUUUUGUAUUGGAAAUCAUGUUUGUGAUAUACGGUAAGUAGCCAUUAAAAAUGUAAAAAAGCAGCAAAGUCAAAGCACUAAGAUUUAAUGUAGAUAUUAAUAAAGAUCAUAUUUUUAAAAA